AUUACGACUAAAGUUAAGGAAAGUAUCUCCAGAUUAAACUGGAUGUUGUCUCUCCUGAAGAAGAGAUGAUAAUAUUAAAACUGCUUUAUACCUGCUCUUUGGAUUCAAUAUUGGGGCACAACAUCGAAGAACUUUUUUGAAAGAAAAUAACAUCAAUCACUGUAACGUUAAACGUCGAAUGUAAACCGAAUCGGAGAGGACACCGCUUCAGGAUCCAGGAAUGGACGGGCCCGUGCGUCGUACAUCCCGGAGAAUCCGAGAAAAACAAAACCAAGAAAAGAACCAAAUUUUAUCCCCAAAAUGUCUGACAUUUAACUCUGAGAAAAAUGACAAUGAGGAAGAAGAUAUUGAAGAGGCAGAAGUAAACAAUAAGGAAUCUCUCCCAGGCUACCGUGAGGGUUUGUCUAAAUAUGAGCUGGAGCGACUGGAGAAUAUCAGACAGAACCAGGCCUUCCUCAAUUCCCUGAAUUUACCUGAGAUUUCUGAAGCUCUGAGACCCAAGCCGAAACCUACUCAGAAAGGCCUGAAAAGGGUAAAGACAGAACCAGAGAUACUCCCUGUUCGCAAGUCACUACGGUUACAGAAUAAGGGUCCUCAGACAACCCUUACUCUAGACACAACCUCUUAUGCAGCCAGAGAGCCUGAAGAAAAACCCAAAAAAGCCCCCGGAACAAUACCACUCGAUCCAAUCAACAUGGAUCAGCAUGUCAGGCUGCCAGAAGAUUUGGUAAAACUCUGGAAUGAGGUCCCAUUAAAAAAAGUAACGGGAACAUCAGAUUUGAUAUCGUACCAACAAAUGCUGCAGAAAUUAUCUAUCAAUGACAGCUGUGUGGUGAAAGUUGUGAAAGAUCGGAUCUGUUCAGCAGCUUUUCACCCCACCUCUUCCAACUUGCUCAUGGCAGCAGGAGACAAGUCAGGCCACCUGGGGCUCUGGAAGCCGGAUGCUAGUUGGGGCAAUGAUGGUGUAAUCUACUUUGAACCUCAUUCCCGUGCAAUUACCAGCAUGGCCUUCUCAUCUCACCCUUGCAACCUCAUCACAGUGAGCUAUGAUGGCUCUGCACGCAGCAUGGACCUGGAGAAAGCAGUGUUUGAUGAGGUGUAUCGCUCAUCCUCUGGCCUGAAAAGUUUUGACUUUUUGUCAACUGACUGCUCCACUUUAUUACUUUGUGAAUGGAAUGGGGAUGUUGCCGUCGUUGACCGUAGAACUGAGAAAAUAAAUGCAUCUCUGUAUACUAUGGCUGCAAAUCCUCUGCGCUGUGUUCAUGUCCAUCCUGUGCAACAGCACUACUUUGUAGUGGCAGAGGGCAGAUUUGUAAACACAUAUGACUUGCGCCAUCUGAAAAGAACAAACAAUCUAGCAGUUGGUGAACUCAACGGUCACAGCCGCAGUGUCUCCAGUGCCUUUUUCUCCCCACUCACAGGGAACAGAGUUCUGACCACUUGUAUGGACAACACGAUCAGGGUGUUUGACACUUCCCUAAUUAAUGGCAGAUCUCCUGUCCUAAAAUCAAUUACGCACAACAUGCAGACGGGUCGGUGGUUGUCCAAGCUAAGUGCAGUAUGGGACCCCAAGCAGCAGGACUGCUUUGUGAUUGGCAGCGUGGACAGGCCUCGCCGAAUUCAGGUAUAUCACGAGAGCGGUCGCUGCCUUCACACUUUUCGAAACAUGGACCACCUGACCACAGUGUGCUCCAUCACGGCAUUCCACCCAAGCAGGAACACUCUUCUGGGAGGCAAUUCAAGUGGGAGGCUGCACAUAUUUACUGACCGCUUCUAGAAACUAGAAAAUAUCAAAUUCUUUAUCUGUUUGUUGAUUUGUGUUUGUUUCCUGCUUCCUUUUUUUCCCCUUUUUUGUACACACAACAGUGUUUUCUUGAAUGAUUGCUUUUAUAAAAUAUGCUGUUUUUUGUUUUGUUCCUGUUACAUUAAA